UUUAUUGUGAUUUGUGAUUUUAACUUUGGUGUUUCGUGGUGUAUUCUUGUUUCUUUUGUUGUCUUUUUUACGAAAUGUCCUGUCGUAAUGCCUCACAUGCUGGUAGCUGGUACACAGAAAAUGGGUCUGAAUUAUCGAGACAGUUAGAUCUAUGGUUGUCAAAAGCUGAUCUUACUCAUGGACCGGCGCGUGCUAUUAUUGCCCCACAUGCCGGCUACUCGUAUUGCGGCGCUUGCGCAGCAUUUGCCUAUAGACAAAUUAGCCCGGUGGUGGUAAAACGUAUCUUCAUACUGGGGCCUUCGCAUCAUGUCAGACUUGGAGGCUGUGCGCUUUCAUCUCUAGACAAAUAUGCCACACCGCUGUAUGAUCUAAUCAUAGAUAAGCAGAUAUACGCCGAGCUAGAAGCAACAAGACAGUUUCAAAGAAUGGAUGUAACCACGGAUGAAGAUGAGCACUCUAUAGAAAUGCAUUUACCCUACAUCGCUAAAGUUAUGGAGGAGUACCAAACCAGUUUUACCAUUAUACCAAUCUUAGUGGGGACGCUUACUCCAGAAAAAGAGGCGAAAUAUGGCUCCAUUUUAGCUCCAUACCUCGCAGAUCCCCAGAACUUGGUGGUAAUAUCCUCGGACUUUUGCCAUUGGGGAUCACGGUUUCGUUACACGUGGCGUGAUAACGCACGUGGAAAUAUAUAUCAGAGCAUUGAGUGGCUGGAUAGACAGGGCAUGGAUAUAAUAGAAAAAAUGGAUCCAGCAUCGUUCACGGCGUAUCUUAAUAAAUAUGGCAACACUAUUUGUGGGAGACAUCCCAUCGGUGUUUUGUUACAGGCAAUUGCUAAACUUCAAAGUCAGCCCAGUUGCCCGAAAAUGACCAUGCAAUUUCUCAAAUACGCGCAAUCCUCACAAUGUAUGACAAUGCAGGACUCCUCCGUUUCUUACGCGAGCGCUUCUUUAGUAUUUGAGUAACCUAGUCUUGUAUUAAAUGUAUCUUAAAGACUCUUAGGCAGGGGUUAGACGGCCAAUAAAUCGCGAUACAAUAUCACGAUACCUGUAUCAAUAUACAGUAGUAUAUUGAGACGAUCAUGCUUUAUACGAUUUCUCGCAUAAUACGCCAGUUUACGCCAAGGCCCCCCGAUCUUACGUGAAGAACCCGAGAUACUGCAGGGUUUUCCUGGAUAUUCUUACAUUGAUGACAAUGUAGCACCGUACGGAAUUCAAUCACAAAACGAGGCCCUAAGUGAUAAUGAUGAAGACGAAGAUGUGUCAACUCCGGUUUAGUCAAACGCCCUGGGCAUUAUCAGCUGUUAAUGAUUUAAGACACAAUCUAGCUUCAUUGGAUCAAAGCGAAGACGCGAUGCAAAAGUUGAAUUAUGUUGAAAAUAUUUGAAUUGCUAAUGCGUUCAAAUCUUUCUGUCAAACCAAAAUAAGUGAUUAUUUUAAAUAAUAUAAUUAUAAUUACAAUACCUAUUUAAUGUAAUUUGUUAAUGUAUAAUUAAUUAUCUAUAUAUACCAAAAUUAGAACAUAAUACAUAAUAAUACGUAGUAUGUAUUAUUUUCCAUAUCCCGCAUAAUACGCUUUCUCGCUUAAGACGCGUAUUUAGUGGGUCCCUGAGAAAUCGUCUUAAGCGGGUUUUACGUAUAUUGAAUCAACUGGUCGUACUACACUUUCAAUAGAUAUUGACUUCAAUAUCGUCAGUAGUCAGAAUAUCAUUCUUCGGAAUAGACGUGUUUCCUAAUAAUGGACGAUAAAUAAGGCCUGUAUUGCCAUAAUAUAGGCCAAACUUUAACUUAUCUAAAUGCUAUAUUUAGGUAAGUUCAUUAAAACAAUAAAUUUGCGUAAUGUGUACUUAAAUUUUUAAUAAGCAUAAACAAAAAAAUCUUUAAUUAAAAAACAGUGAUCCAACAUCUUACUCUGAGUGCUCAAAUCAACACGCACACACACAGUGAAUAAAUAUUGACAGAUAAUGGAUGGAUUACAAAAAAAUCUAGAUUUUAUGCUCAAUAUCUCUGCCGCACGUGUAAACACACGUCAAUAAAUAUUGACGAGAUCUCAAAGAUCACGAUUUAUAUUGACCGUCUGCCCCUGUCUUAGUUAAAGUAAAACUUUCUUAAGUCUAAGCUUUUGUCAUUUUUAAUUUUAUAUAUAAAUUGUAAAAACAGGAACUUCUUAUGAAUCUAACGUUAUAAAAAGUUCAUAAAACGACUAUUCGGUUCCUUUUGGAAAUAUUUUAAGUACAAUUUACGAAUGAAAAUUAGUUUGUUAUUAAUUUCAGUACAUUAGUAGUUCCCGUUUCACUCAUUACUUUAGGAGAACUCAGUUUAAGUGAUUGUCACAAAUAUCUAAAAAGUUUUAAUAUAAAUAAAUUAUCUGACUUUGUUUCAUUAAGUUGUAAAGGGGGCACGUGUUUAGAAGAAACUUUAGCGUCGAAGUGUCAAAAAUGUUGACUUGACAUGUAAUGACAUUGACAUUCCCAUUCCCAUCACAUUAUUAACGGUUUAAAUAUAGCCAAUUAGUUUUCUUUACUAAAUUGCUGAAAGCGCUUAAUUUGUAUUAUUGGCAAACGAUAGGUGGGUUUUAGUAUGUUUUUUUAGUAAAAAAAAAUACAUACAUGCCUUUACUUAUAAAAAGCUUUUCCUAGAAUAAUUUCUUCCUAAAUUAUAAUUUACUGCAUUUUGGUCCCCUUUACAAUAUUUUUAUUAAGGAUUUUAUGGAGCGCUUGGAAUAAAUGCACAGCCUUUAUGGUACUAAAACAUGCAUUUAAUGUAAGUAGAUUUAAGGAAAAAUAUAAUUAACAGAUUUAUACUUAUUUCAAAACCUUCCAAAAUGCAUUUUUACUUUAAUCCCGUAGAUAAUGACUAACUGUCAAUUUGACAGAUUUUUGGUAUUUUACAAGUCUGACCAUUUUUAUGUAUGACUUACAGAUCUCAAGGCAAGAUUGUGAUUAGAAAAACGAUUUCAAUUUUCUGUAAUAUAUAUAAAUAUGCGUGUUUAUUUUAAAUCAAUUACAAACAGUUUCUGUAUUAAAAUAAAUACAAUCAACUUGAUUUUUUUAUAAAUAAUAUAUUCACUUGCGUCCACAGACUAUAUAGUUAAUUUUAAGUAAAUAGUCUGUGCACUUGCUAAAAAUGACGAGUUAGCUAGUUAGACUAUUAUCGAUGUCGAAAAACGAUUUUCUUUUGUAGUUUCUCAUGUUAUUAACAUUAAGGGCUAACUCGAACUAAUAGGGUCGAAUAUGUUAUCGCAAAAUGGUAUUCUUGUUUUAAAGCUUUUUUAAAGCCAUGGUUAAGCUACUAACAAUGGCUCCUAACUGUGAAAAGAAUACACGUAUUUUUCCUAAUCCGGUUGUAUUCGAGGUUGCAUUUAUUUCUCAAUUAAAAUAUUUAUUGUCAAAAGACAAUAGACAUUUUGUUUUGGUUCUUGGAUUUAAAACUUAAUAAAUGUUGGUGUUAACAAGAUUCGA